UAGAUUCCCAGGGAAUUGCAUGUGAAAAAUCCAUACAAUGCGCAGAAAGUGUUUAUCAGUCACACGCACACACACGCAGAGAGUGGGAGAGUGCGAGAGAGCGAGAGAGAGCACAGCUGUCGCCGGUGCAUGUGAACCUGCAUUUGUGUGCGUGAACUUGAGUGGGAGGCGGAAAUAUUGGAAAAAAUUCCUUCGCUUUUCGAUGUCUUAGCUUAGUGCUACCGCCCAAAACACUUGAAUUGCAGAUAGCAAGGGACUAGAUCACAGCAACCAAAAACCCAGAAAGAAGGCAGAAAGAUCCCCGCAAGAUGGCCAUGUCUAAGGUGAUCCGUGUGCUGGAGAAGUCCAUUGCCCCCUCGCCGCACAGCGUCCUGCUGGAGCACCGGCACAAGAGCGACAGCAUCCUCUUCGAGUCCCAUGCGGUGGCCCUGCUCACCCAGCAGGAGACGGAUGUGAUCCGGAAGCAGUACAGCAAAGUGUGCGAUGCCUACGGCUGCCUGGGCGCCCUCCAGCUGAACGCCGGCGAGAGCACGGUGCUGUUUCUGGUGCUGGUCACCGGCUGCGUGUCCAUGGGCAAGAUCGGCGACAUCGAGAUAUUCCGGAUCACGCAGACCACCUUCGUCUCGCUGCAGAACGCGGCGCCCAACGAGGACAAGAUCAGCGAGGUGCGCAAGCUGCUCAACUCCGGCACCUUCUACUUUGCCCACACGAACGCCAGUGCGUCGGCAUCCGGAACCUCGGCGCACCGGUUCGACAUCACGCUCUGCGCCCAGCGACGCCAGCAAACGGAGGAGACGGACAACCGGUUCUUCUGGAACCGCAUGAUGCACAUCCACCUGAUGCGCUUCGGCAUCGAUUGCCAGUCCUGGCUCCUGCAGGCCAUGUGCGGCUCCGUGGAGGUGCGCACCGUCUACAUCGGCGCCAAGCAGGCCCGGGCCGCCAUCAUCUCCCGGCUGAGCUGCGAGCGGGCUGGCACGCGGUUCAAUGUGCGCGGCACCAACGACGAGGGCUAUGUGGCCAACUUCGUGGAGACGGAGCAAGUGAUCUACGUGGACGGCGAGGUGACCAGCUAUGUGCAGACGCGCGGCUCAGUGCCGCUCUUCUGGGAGCAACCCGGCGUGCAGGUGGGCUCGCACAAGGUGAAGCUAUCGCGAGGGUUCGAGACGUCGGCCGCCGCAUUUGAUCGCCACAUGAGCAUGAUGAGGCAGCGCUAUGGCUACCAGACCAUUGUCAACCUGCUGGGCAGCUCCCAAGUCGGCAGCAAGGAGGGCGAGGCUAUGCUGAGCAACGAGUUCCAGCGCCAUCACGGCAUGUCGGCCCACAAGGAUGUGCCGCAUGUGGUGUUCGACUAUCACCAAGAGUGCCGCGGCGGCAACUUCUCGGCGCUGGCCAAGCUCAAGGAGCGAAUCGUGGCCUGCGGGGCCAACUAUGGCGUCUUCCACGCGUCCAAUGGCCAAGUGUUGCGCGAGCAGUUCGGUGUGGUGCGCACGAACUGCCUGGACUGUCUGGACAGGACGAACUGUGUGCAGACGUACCUCGGGCUGGACACGCUCGGCUUGCAGCUGGAGGCCAUGAAAAUGGGAGGCAAGCAGCAGAAUGUGUCGCGGUUCGAGGAGAUCUUCCGCCAGAUGUGGAUCAACAACGGAAACGAGGUCAGCAAGAUCUACGCCGGCACCGGGGCCAUCCAGGGAGGGUCCAAAUUGAUGGACGGGGCACGAUCGGCGGCCAGGACCAUUCAGAACAAUCUACUGGACAAUUCCAAGCAGGAGGCCAUUGAUGUGCUGCUUGUGGGCUCCACGCUCAGCUCGGAACUGGCGGAUCGGGCUCGCAUUCUGUUGCCGUCGAACAUGCUGCAUGCUCCCACCACCGUCUUGAGGGAGCUGUGCAAGCGCUACACGGAGUAUGUGCGUCCGCGGAUGGCACGGGUGGCGGUGGGCACCUACAACGUGAACGGCGGCAAGCACUUCCGCAGCAUUGUGUUCAAGGACUCGCUGGCCGACUGGCUGCUCGACUGCCACGCCCUUGCCCGCUCCAAGGCGCUGGUCGAUGUGAACAAUCCGUCGGAGCAUGCCGACCAUCCGGUGGACAUCUACGCCAUCGGAUUCGAGGAGAUCGUGGACCUGAACGCUUCCAAUAUAAUGGCGGCCAGCACGGACAAUGCCAAGUUGUGGGCCGAGGAGCUGCAGAAGACGAUCUCGCGGGACAACGACUACGUGCUGCUCACGUACCAGCAGCUGGUGGGCGUUUGCCUGUACAUCUAUAUCCGGCCGGAGCAUGCGCCGCACAUCCGGGACGUGGCCAUCGACUGCGUGAAGACGGGCUUGGGCGGUGCCACUGGAAACAAGGGUGCCUGUGCCAUUCGCUUCGUGCUGCACGGCACUUCCAUGUGCUUCGUGUGCGCCCAUUUCGCGGCCGGGCAGUCCCAGGUGGCCGAAAGGAACGCCGACUAUGCGGAAAUCACCCGGAAGCUGGCAUUUCCGAUGGGCAGGACCCUAAAAUCGCACGAUUGGGUGUUCUGGUGCGGCGACUUCAACUACCGCAUCGACAUGGAGAAGGACGAGUUGAAGGAGUGCGUCCGAAACGGAGAUCUUCCCACUGUGCUCGAGUUCGAUCAGUUGCGCAAGGAGCAGGAGGCGGGCAAUGUGUUUGGGGAGUUCCUCGAGGGCGAGAUCGGCUUCGAUCCCACGUACAAGUACGACCUGUUCAGCGACGACUACGACACUUCGGAGAAGCAGCGUGCGCCCGCCUGGACCGAUCGGGUGCUCUGGCGUCGAAGGAAGGCCUUGGCCGAGGGCGAUUUCGCCGCCUCGGCCUGGAAUCCCGGCAACCUGAUCCACUACGGGCGCUCGGAGCUGAAGCAAAGCGACCAUCGGCCCGUGAUCGCCAUCAUUGAUGCUGAGAUCAUGGAGAUCGACCAGCAGCGCAGGCGUGCGGUCUUCGAGCAGGUGAUCCGCGACCUGGGUCCGCCGGACUCGACGAUUGUGGUGCAUGUGCUGGAGGCUGCGUCGACUGGGGACGAGGAUGGACCCACCAUCUACGACGAGAACGUGAUGUCAGCCCUGAUUGCCGAGCUGUCCAAGAUGGGGGAGGUCACCUUGGUGCGCUACGUGGAGGACACCAUGUGGGUCACCUUUCGGGAUGGAGAAUCGGCCUUGAAUGCGGCCUCCAAAAAGAGCACGCAAGUGUGCGGACUGGACCUCAUCCUGGAGCUUAAGUCCAGCGACUGGCAGCAUCUGGUGGACAGUGAGAUCGAGCUGUGCACCACCAACACCAUACCGCUGUGCGCCAAUCCGUCGGAGCAUGCGCAGCUCCUGCAGGCCAUAACGCCCGAAUUGCCGCAGCGGCCCAAGCAGCCGCCGACACGUCCCCCCGCCCGGCCCCCCAUGCCUAUGUCGCCAAAGAACUCGCCUCGCCACCUGCCCCACGUGGGGGUCAUCAGCAUUGUGCCCAAGCCGGCGAAGCCACCGCUACCACCUCAACCGCAAUCUCAGCCCCUGAUUCCCUCACCGCUUCAGCCGCAGUCGCAGUCGGCACCGCCCCGUCCGCCAGCGAUGGACACCACGCCAUCCUCGAAGUCGCAGUCGCCCACGGAAAUGGCUUCCGCCAGUUCGUCGACUUCCUCCUCGGGCAAGGCUUCGCCCACGGCUCCGGCCCUGCUCUCCGGUCCGCCGACACCGCCUCGCCAAAUGCAGAGCAAGCAGGCCACUCCCGUCUCGACGCCCACGCGGCAGGUGUCGUCGCCCAAGGAUCAGAUUCCAGCCGAUACCGCCUACGAAACCGCCAGCAACAUUUACGAGGAGAUCCAGGAGGACGUGCCGGAGCCACGCCAUCCGCCACCGGCUGGGCCGCCGCCCGUGAUGGGGGCACCGAUGGGGCCUCCGCCACCGCUGCCGAACCGGAGGGGCCCACCACCCAUACCAAAUAGGAGCGGCAAUGCUCCACCGCUGCCCACGCGACCCGCCAACAACUGAGCACCAGGCUACGCACACGGGCUCGCUGUCUUGCACUCCGAUUGCAUUCCGAAUCGCUGUAUUUAAUGUUAAAUAUACUCGAAUAUAUUGGGCCACCCCGUGGAGGAGGACUCCUGGCAAUAUCUGCACUUCGCAUGGAAUCUAUGUUACUAGUGUAUUACCUGUUUGUUUGUUGCGAUAGCUUAUAUCCGGAAUCAAACUAAAUUUAAAGUCAACUAAUAGUUCCACCUAGUUAAAGCCCGAACGAACCCGAGCCCGGACCCCAUUGUGUUGCAUUAUUUUUGUACUUGUUUACCGCUGGCCAGACACACUCAACCCCAUUGCACCGGAUUCGCGCCGGGGAGGAACAAAUAAUGAAUGAAAUAUAGAAGCGACAAAGUAUUAAACUACUCUGCAUAAAUGUAAUGUUUAAAUGAAUUAUAGCCGUACUAGUCAAAUUAUGAAUAAAAGUAUACACUCUGGAGCAGCAAUCGAAUCCUGUAACGAUAUACUUAAACAUAUGUAUCCAUUGUUAUUGAACAACUAUUUGCAAGUAUUACCUAUUAUUCCACAUUGUUAAGCUAUCGUUGUAUUCGAUCGAUUCGAGGCUACAUUUGAAUUCGUGUUUUAGUUGACCAAAAAAGUAUAUCAAUGAAAUUGAGCAAUUGCAAUUACUCUGUUAAAACGUUGAAGUUACGCCUAAGAUUAAAAUAAACCCCAGUCGAAUGACAA